GAGCUACUCGGGCUCUGCCCUAUCCUGGACCGGCUCUCUGGCGCCGCUUAAAAGGUGGCACAGGAUCGACAGGCCUCACAGCCAAUAGCAGCUCUCGUGGUAGACCCGGUGCCCAGUCAGGAGCAGCUCCAGGCUGUAGGAACCACGCCGGGAGGUGGCAGAGAGUGUCGGUCAGCUGAUAGGAUCCCUGCAGGGCCCCCUCAUCCGAGCUCUUGGAACGCGCAGGCUGUGCGUCCCAGCUAAGGAUUCUUGUGCGUCCCAGCUAAGGAGCACUAUGGAGGAGUAUCAUCAAGAGGCUGGGAAAGAGCGUAAGCCUUCCUCCGUGGAUCUGCAGGGAGACAGCUCCUUACAGGUGGAGAUUUCUGAUGCAGUGAGUGAGCGGGACAAAGUAAAGUUCACUGUUCAAACCAAGAGUGGCCUCCCUCAGUUUGCCCAGCCUGAGUUCUCAGUGGUUCGGCAGCACGAAGAAUUCAUCUGGCUACACGACACCUAUGUGGACAACGAGGAGUAUGCUGGCCUCAUUAUUCCUCCAGCCCCUCCCAGGCCAGACUUUGAGGCUUCAAGGGAGAAGCUGCAGAAGUUGGGUGAGGGAGACAGCUCCAUCACCCGGGAAGAGUUUGCCAAGAUGAAGCAGGAGCUAGAGGCGGAGUACCUGGCCAUCUUUAAGAAGACUGUUGCAAUGCAUGAAGUCUUCCUGCAGCGCCUGGCAGCCCAUCCCACCCUGCGUCAGGAUCACAACUUCUCUGUCUUCUUGGAAUACAGCCAGGAUCUGAGUGUUCGAGAGAAGAACAGGAAGGAGGUCUUGGGAGGGUUCCUGAGGAACAUCGUCAGAUCUGCAGAUGAAGUCCUCAUCACCGGCAUAUCAGGGCUCAAGGAGGUAGAUGACUUCUUUGAGCAUGAGAGGACCUUCCUAGUAGAAUACCACAACCGAAUCCGAGAUACCUGCCAGAGGGCUGACCGGGUUAUGCACUCCCACAAGUGCCUGGCAGAUGACUACAUACCUAUAUCUGCUGCGCUGAGCAGUCUCGGAAGCCGGGAAGUCAGCCAGCUCAAGAGGAGCUUCCUGAAACUGGCCGAGCUCUUUGAACGACUGAGGAAGCUGGAAGGCCGGGUCGCCUCUGAUGAGGACCUGAAGCUGUCUGACAUGCUGAGAUACUACAUGCGAGACUCACAGGCAGCCAAGGACCUGCUGUACCGGCGGCUUCGGGCACUGGCUGACUACGAGAAUGCCAACAAGGCACUGGACAAAGCUCGUACGAGGAACCGGGAAGUGCGACCAGCAGAGAGCCACCAACAGCUGUGCUGCCAGCGCCUUGAGCGUCUCUCUGACUCCGCCAGGCAGGAGCUCAUGAACUUCAAGUCCCGCCGGGUCUCCUCUUUCCGUAAGAAUCUCAUUGAGUUGGCAGAGCUGGAGCUCAAACAUGCCAGGGCCAGCACACUGCUUCUGCGGAACACCCUUGUUGCCCUUAAGGGAGAGCCCUAGUGAAUCAAGAUGCUACUCUGAGACCUUCAAUGACAAGAGUCCUCAUCUCCUACCAUCUCCCCAUAGAGAUGCCCCCUUCUCUACCAAAGCAGCCAGUAGCCAUACCCCACUCAGGAACCUAUUUUUCCUCAAACCCAGGCCCAAAGACAAUUGGCCUGCCUGACAGGGCAGCACGGGGGACACAAUUGGCCACAGGUAAGCAGUUUCCAGGGACCCUAGCCUUCCUCACAGCAGGCUUAGUCAAGUCUCCACACCUCCACCCCAUCUCUGGCUUUUGAAUUCCCAUCUGUUCUUUACAAAUAAACAGCCUGGUUUUAUAGCCA